AUGAGCAAUAGUAAUAGUGACAACGAGAAUGAGGGCGGUCUCAAUUUGGCCGGCUUCCUGUUCGGCAACGUCGACGAAAAUGGCCACCUGGAUGGCGAUUUUCUCGACGAGGAAGCGAAGCAGCAACUUUCUUCCCUUUCUCGCAUGGGUCUAUCGUCGUUCCUGGCCGAUGUGCUGCAAGAUGACGAUGGGGAAAAGAAACCUUCCCGUGCGUACAGCGAUAGCGAUGAUUCUUCAUCCAGUGAUGACGAUCGAAUGCACCGUCGCUCGGACGAUGAUAGCGACGGUACAAACUACAAAGUUAAAGCCGAUUGUGCUGUGGAUUAUUCCGACAUAAACGAACUGGCGGAAGAAUCGGCCAGAUCGCCAGCUACCAUCAAACAGGAAGAAGUGGAUGGAAUUAAGGAAGAGGAUAAGAAAGACAUAAAAGUUGAAGACGAUGAGGAUGAUAUUGAAGCAGCGAUUCCGUGUAGUCGUGUUGAAGCGCGUACCGCCGCGGACCAGUCGACGGUUAAGGAGGAAAAUGCCACCGGAAACGGGGUGGACGAUAAGGAGCUUAUGCCACCGCCAACGGCACCGGUAAGCAGCGAUGGAACAGGAGCUACAACCUCAACUUCGAAUGCAGACGAAUUGUCUAAAGAUAAACCGAAAAAGCUUGAAACACCCCUUGCCGCUAUGUUACCUUCCAAGUAUCAGAACGUAGACGUACGCGAAUUUUUCCCCGAUUUCCGCCCCGACAAAGUGUUGCGCUUUUCGCGACUUUUCGGUCCGGGAAAGCUUUCCAGCUUGCCACAGAUUUGGCGCAGUGUGAGACGACGCCGAAAUAAAAAGUCUCAAUCAUCGUCACGAAAACCACGCGAUGGUUCGGAUUCGACGUCGGAUUCGGACGAACCAAGGCGUCGCCAAUACUUCACACCAACGUACGCCCCACUGCCACCGAAAGACAUGUGGGCUUCGGACGAUGAGGAGCGUUUUAUCCGACGUGAAGCGGAUCAAGAGAAGGAGGUGAAAGAUAAGGAAUCGGACAGCAAGGGUGAUUCGAAACCAAAGGUGGCCGAUUGGCGAUAUGGUCCUGCCCAAAAGUGGUACGAUAUGUUGGAUGUACCGGACACGGGGGAAGAUUUCAAUUACGGCUUUAAGCAGGCCGAUCCGGUCAAGCUAGAAGCGCUGCCUGCCGUAACGUCGGUCACCGACAAAACCUUCCCGGACGAUGCAUUUCUGAUGGUGUCCCAGCUACACUGGGAAGAUGAUGUAGUGUGGGAUGGAAACGACAUCAAGCACAAGGUGCUACAAAAGCUCAACUCCAAGGUUAACGCAGCUGGUUGGUUGCCAUCGAGCGGUUCCCGUACAGCGGGCGCAUUUAGUCAACCGGGAAAAACCAUCCCAGCAUCACCGGCAAACACCGGCACAAAAUCGUCAUCCGCUAGCAAGAUGAGCAAAACGCAAAUGAUAAUUAACGCGGCCCAAAAAGCCCAAGAAGAAAACGAAGACGCCUGGUACAGCAUUUUCCCGGUGGAGAACGAUGAACUUGUGUACGACAAAUGGGAAGAUGAUGUGAUUUGGGAUGCGGAAGCAGUUACAAAGAUUCCGAAACCGAAGGUCCUUACGCUUGACGCGAACGACGAGAACAUUAUCCUCUGUAUUCCGGAUGAUAUCGAUCCGUCGAAGAUUGUGCGUAACACUGGACCACAGCCGAAGGUAAAGAUCCCCCAUCCGCACGUGAAGAAAUCGAAGAUUUUGCUCGGCAAGGCUGGUGUGAUUAAUGUGCUCGCUGAGGACACACCACCACCACCGCCCAAAAGUCCCGACCGGGAUCCUUACAACAUUUCCAACGACGUGUAUUACAUGGCAAAGUCGACCGAAGCUACGCUUAAAAUUAAGGUCGGUGGGGGCAAUUUGUUGCAACAUUCAACACCAACCGUCGAACUGCGGGCACCGUUCGUUCCGACGCACAUGGGGCCGAUGAAGUUACGCAUGUUCCAUCGUCCGCCGAUGAAGAAGUACUCGUACGGUUCGCUCGCUUCCAGCAAUCCGCAACCCGUGCUACCGCUCCAGAAACACAUCAAGAAAAAGGCCAAGCAGCGCGAACUGGAACGUAUUGCGUCGGGCGGUGGCGAUGUGUUCUUCAUGCGAACGCCGGAAGAUUUAACGGGUCGUGAUGGAGAGCUGAUAUUGAUCGAGUUUUGCGAAGAACACCCACCGUUGAUGAAUCAGGUCGGGAUGGCAUCGAAAAUUAAAAACUUCUACAAACGCAAGAUGGGCAAAGAUUCUGGUCCGCCCGAGUUCCGGUUCGGUGAAACGCAUUACGCGCACACGUCACCUUUUCUGGGCAUUCUGCACCAUGGCCAGUGCAUUCAGGCGAUCGAGAAUAAUAUGUACCGGGCACCGAUCUAUCCGCACACGAUCCAUGAGACGGAUUUUCUGGUCAUUCGCACCCGUAACAAUUAUUUCGUCCGUGAAGUUGACGCACUGUUUACUGCCGGCCAGGAGUGUCCACUGUACGAAGUGCCUGGACCGAACUCGAAACGAGCAAACAACUUUGUGCGCGACUUUUUGCAAGUUUUCAUCUAUCGAUUGUUUUGGAAAAGUCGGGACAAUCCACGCAAAAUCCGUAUGGACGACAUUAAGAAAGCGUUUCCGGCACAUUCGGAAAGCAGCAUACGCAAGCGGUUGAAGCUCUGUGCCGACUUUAAGCGUACGGGUAUGGAUUCGAACUUUUGGGUUAUUAAGCCGGAAUUCCGUUUGCCUUCGGAGGAGGAGAUACGUGCGAUGGUAUCGCCGGAACAGUGUUGUGCGUACUUCAGUAUGAUUGCGGCCGAACAGCGGCUGAAGGAUGCGGGUUAUGGGGAAAAGUUUAUCUUCGCCCAGCAAGAGGACGACGAUGAGGAGAUGCAACUGAAGAUGGAUGAUGAGGUGAAGGUGGCACCGUGGAAUACGACCCGCGCUUACAUUCAGGCGAUGCGUGGGAAAUGUAUUUUGCAGUUAAAUGGACCGGCUGAUCCGACCGGAUGUGGUGAAGGUUUCUCUUACGUUCGAAUGCCUAACAAACCGACUCAACAAAAUAAAGAGGAAACCGAAAGUCAACCGAAACGUACCGUCACGGGCACGGAUGCCGAUUUGCGUCGUCUGUCCCUAAACAACGCAAAAGCACUGCUAAGAAAGUUUCAAGUGCCCGAAGAAGAAAUCAAAAAGCUAUCCCGCUGGGAGGUUAUCGACGUCGUACGUACACUCUCCACCGAGAAAGCGAAGGCCGGCGAAGAAGGCAUGGAUAAGUUCUCGCGCGGUAAUCGAUUCUCGAUCGCCGAACAUCAGGAACGUUACAAGGAAGAGUGUCAGCGCAUUUUCGAUCUACAGAAUCGUGUCCUCGCCUCGUCCGAAGUGCUUUCCACCGAUGAGGGCGAAUCGACCGCAUCAGAAGAAUCCGAUCUGGAGGAGUUGGGUAAAAAUUUGGAAAACAUGCUGGCGAACAAGAAAACUUCCACCCAACUGUCGCUCGAACGCGAGGAGCAGGAACGGCAAGAACUUUUGCGCAAAAUUAUGGAAGAGCAGGGUGGUUCUGGGCAGAAGAAGAAAAAGGACGAGGAAGGCAUGAAGGAUGAACAGCAAUCGAGCACGGCUAAGAUACUGAAAAUAACGCGCACGUUCAAGAAUGCUGAAGGGCGGGAAUAUACACGCGUUGAGCUUGUGCGUCGCAGUCCGGUUAUUGAUGCGUAUGUGAAAAUUCGUACUACAAAGGAUGAAGCUUUUAUUCGCCAGUUUGCUACACUUGAUGAGGCCCAGAAGGAGGAAAUGAAGCGUGAGAAGCGACGCAUUCAGGAGCAGUUACGACGCAUCAAGCGUAACCAGCAAAAGAUCGGUCUACAGACACAGAACCCACACAACUCGGUCGGAACGCCCAUCAGUCUCGGCGAUCGAGAGACGAACACACCGAAACCGUUUACGAACCGAUUGCUUGAUAUUUCGGGCCGUAAUCUCGAUACACCCGGUGCAGGGAGUGGUGGGUCAGGAGGUGGAAGCAUACCCGGUGCAGGGAAGGAACACAGUCCCUCAUCCUCAUCGUCUCGCAGGAAGGCAAAGAUAAAGCCCGAUUUAAAACUCAAAUGCGGUGCCUGUGGCCAGGUGGGACAUAUGCGUACAAACAAAGCCUGUCCACAGUACUCCGGCAUUAUGGCAACACCGUCAUUGAAUGUAGCCAUGACCGAGGAACAGGAGGAAGAGAUCGAGAAGGAGCUAAAUGCAUACGAUGAAGGCGAUCUGGUGAAUGUGGACGGCACAAAGGUGAAGCUGAGCGGGAAGUUGCUAAAACGCCACGAGGACGUAAAGCGUCGCACAUUGUUGCUGAAAGUUCCGAAAGAAGCCGUGGGUAAGAAACGUCGUCGAGUUGGUGGUGAUUCCCACUGUGACUAUCUGCAGCGACACAACAAAACAGCGAAUCGUCAACGUACCGAUCCGGUUGUCGUAUUUUCCUCCGUGUUGGAACAGAUCCUGAACGAGCUGCGUGAUAUGCCCGAUGUGCAACCGUUCAUGUUUCCGGUCAACGCCAAACAGGUGGCCGACUAUCAUCGAAUCGUGCAACGCCCGAUGGAUCUGCAAACGAUCCGCGACUACAUCCGGCAGAAGAAGUAUCAAACGCGCGAAGAGUUUCUGAAUGACAUCAAUCAAAUUGUGGAGAAUUCUUCCCUCUACAAUGGUGCGAAGAGUUCGCUAACGGUCGCAGCUCAGCGAAUGUUGCAAAAAUGUAAGGAGCGUGUGCAGGAGCGUGAAGAGCGGCUAACCCGGUUGGAAAAGAGCAUCAAUCCUUUGCUGGACGAUGACGAUCAGGUCGCACUGUCGUACAUUUUGGGCGAGUACGUGAAUGGUCCGCUAAAAACGAUGCCCGAAAGCUGGCCAUUCCUAAAGCCGGUCAACAAACGGCUCGUCAAGGACUACUACACCAUCAUCCGACGCCCGAUGGAUUUGGAAAAGGUGUCGAAAAAGGUUGCUUCACACAAAUAUCAUUCGCGGGCUGACUUUUUGGCCGAUCUACAGCUAAUAGCGGAUAACAGCGAGCAGUACAACGGUGCGGAAGCUAACUUUACCAAACAAGCACGCCAGAUGGUGGAAGCUACACGGCUAGCCCUAGACUCUAUGGACCAUAACGUAGCACAACUGGAAAAGAAUAUUGCGCUGGUACAGGAACGGGCACGCAACGAGGACGAUGACAUGGACUGGGAAGACGACGAACACGAGCUGAAGGGUGGCCCGGGUGGGUCACGCGAAUCUUCACCCGAUCUCGAGGACGCCGGUAACGAUAGCAAUCCCGAUCGGCCACCUUCAUCGACGGAUGCAUCGCGAGCGGCACGAUCGGAAGCGAAGCGGGCCCGUGCACGUCAACGAAAGGCAGCCAAGGGUGAUGAUCAUCAAUAUUCUACAGAUGAUGAAGAAUUUGAGGAAGUUGGUACCAGCGACAACGAAGGCGUUUCUGUUACAUUGGAGCAAUCAAAUACCACCUCAAGCAUGAUGCCACCACAAAGCGAAGACGAUAGCCAGCAAGCUGCCGAAGCGAUGGUCCAGCUUAGCAGUGCCCAGUACUACAAUGCAGCUCAGGAUGAUACGAUGGAGAUCGAUCCUAACUACGAUCCGAGUGAUUUCUUGGGAAUGUCUAACCGCCAACCGACAAGCGAUACCGGACACAACGAAACCAGCGCUCUGCCACCCUCGGAAACAAACUAUUCGGUCGAUCAGUCCAACCAAAACAGCGAAUUCUCGCAAGAAAGCAGACAGGGCGGUGAGGCUAAAGAUCAGCAAGGACAACAGCAAUUUGAACAUCAAUCAGACACAAAUCAAACUGCAGACAAUGGAUCGCAACAACAGCCACAGCCAAGUGCUCUUCCAGCCCUGCAAGCUCUGCACUCGGAUUUGGCCAUUUCCGAUAGCGAUGAUGAGAAAAGCAACCUGCAAAUGGAUGAGGUACGCGACGAGAACGAUGAUAAUGACGAAGGUGGCGAUCUUUGGUUCUAA